AAAAAAACGAAAUUCGAUAGGUCCCAUUUUCUCUGGAGCUCUUUCGUCCCUGACAAAGCAAAUUUCUUACGCCCCCUCUAAAUGCCCCCAAAAUCUUCUGCACCACAGGGACUAGAAUAGUUGAAAACAGAGCAGAAUCCAUGGCUCUGCUGCUGUGCAACCCUUUAGCACAGCGUUGCUUACUCUCUUCGUUUCACUGCAAGAAUCAACGACCUCUCAGCAUCCGCCCAGCUGCCAGUACUAAACUCCGAUUCUCUCCCUCUGAAUUUUCCCCCAGCAGUGGACUACGUUGUUUCUGUCCUCUGAAGUCUUCUUCAAUUAACGGAUUUUCCAUCGCUAAAAAGGAUCAUGUAGAGCAGUUUGAAGGAGAGCAGCGAGAAGAAAAUUUUGAGCUGCAUGGGAGAAUUAGGAAGUUUUUUGAGUUUCUUCCAUCAAUUUUGCCUGGCGGAAAUUGGUGGAGCUUCUCUGAGGACGUGGAGAUUAAAUUUUUGGCCAAACCCGUGACCAUGUGGCGGGCGCUUGGUCGGAUGUGGCAAUUGGUUGCCCAUGAUCAUUGGGUUAUUUUCGCCGCUUUCUCUGCUCUAAUUGUUGCAGCGGUUUCGGAGAUCUCAAUACCACAUUUCCUGACAGCGUCGAUCUUUUCUGCCCAGAGUACUCAAAUUGCAUUAUUCCAUCAAAACGUGCGACUCUUGGUGUUGCUAUGUGUUAUAGCAGGAAUAUGCAGUGGUCUACGAGGUUGCUUUUUUGGCAUUGCAAAUAUGAUUCUUGUAAAGCGAAUGAGGGAAACACUAUAUUCUGCUCUUCUUCUUCAGGAUAUAUCUUUUUUUGACAAUGAAACAGUUGGUGAUUUGACAAGUAGGCUUGGAUCAGAUUGUCAGCAAGUGUCUCGGGUUAUUGGAAAUGAUCUUAAUUUGAUUCUACGCAAUGCUGUACAGGGUACAGGUGCCUUGAUCUACUUGUUAAUUCUGUCCUGGCCACUUGGUCUGUGUACAUUGAUAAUAUGCUCAACUUUAGCAGCUGUAAUGCUGAUAUAUGGCAUGUACCAGAAGAAGGCCGCAAAGUUAACUCAAGAGUUCACUGCUUCUGCUAAUCAAGUGGCACAAGAGGCAUUUUCUUUGAUGAGAACAGUCCGCAUUUAUGGUACAGAAAAUUUAGAACUUGAAAGGUACAAACUGUGGUUGGAGAAAUUAGCUAGUAUAAGUUUGCGACAAAGUGCAGCAUAUGGAUUUUGGAAUUUGAGUUUCAACACACUUUAUCAUUCUACUCAGGUCAUUGCUGUGCUAGUCGGAGGAACGUUUAUUCUGGGUGGUCAUAUUACAGCUGAGAAACUUACAAAGUUUAUAUUAUAUAGUGAGUGGCUGAUAUAUUCUACAUGGUGGGUGGGGGAUAAUUUAUCUUCUCUUAUGCAAUCUGUUGGGGCAAGUGAGAAGGUCUUCCAAUUGAUGGAUCUCUUGCCAAGUGACCAAUUCAUAUCAAAAGGUUUGAAGUUGCAGAGGCUGGUGGGACAGAUAGAAUUUGUAAAUGUAUCCUUUUAUUAUCCAUCAAGGGCAGCGAUACCUGUACUGCAACAUGUAAACCUUUCAGUGCAUCCAGGUCAAGUGGUUGCAAUUGUUGGUCUCAGUGGCAGUGGGAAAAGCACAUUGGUGAAUCUUUUGCUUCGUCUUUAUGAACCAACUAACGGUCAGAUUUUAAUUGAUGGCUUCCCUCUUAGGGAGUUGGACAUCAAGUGGUUCAGGGAAAGAAUUGGAUAUGUGGGACAGGAACCAAAACUUUUCCGGAUGGAUAUCAGUUCAAAUAUUAGAUAUGGGUGUACACGUGAUAUAAGCCAGAAAGAUGUUGAGUGGGCUGCCAAGCAGGCAUAUGCUCAUGAUUUCAUCUCCUCUCUGCCCAAUGGUUAUGAAACAGUUGUGGAUGAUGAUUUGCUCAGUGGGGGUCAGAAGCAGCGAAUUGCCAUUGCCCGGGCUAUUCUUAGGGACCCUGCAAUUUUGAUCCUUGACGAAGCUACUAGUGCUCUAGAUGCAGAGAGUGAGCACAAUAUUAAGGGUGUUCUUCGUGCCAUUGGAAGUGACUUCACGACAAAGAGAACUGUCAUAGUAAUUGCACACAGGCUUUCUACAAUACAAGCUGCUGAUAGGAUAGUGGUGAUGAAUGGUGGUCAAAUCAUUGAGAUGGGCAAUCACAGGGAACUACUACAUCAAGAUGGCCUGUACGCACGAUUGACUAGAAGACAGGCUGAUGCUGUGGCAUGAUCAUAUACUGCUUUCACAUGUUCGAUAUUAUUCCUUUCAAUCAUACUUCAUAUAUAGUAUUGGGGCUGAAGGAGCCUUUCAACUGCUGACUCGUGCAUUCCUCACAUUCUACCAAAUAUGAAAUGAAAUGUCUUGGGAUGAGAAAGCUGACAACAAAGGAAUCACUAAAGAAAUUUCUUCAUUCUCUAUCAGUGUGAUGUGGAGUAUUCAACGCAGCACAAAACAAGAAUGUUCACCUUUUUUUGUUCUUUCUUCCCACCCUAAUGCCUGAAAUGUAAUAUUAAACGGUGCAUAUAGUUCACAGUGAUGCAGAAUGAAAUUAAUUCACAUGUUACAUUGAAACUCAUGAUAAUUUUAAUUUACAUCCUUGAUUAUGAUUGUA